GAUCUAGACAAUGCGGCUUAUCUUCGUACUGCAUUUUGCAAAACCUGUUAGAUACAGAAUAACUAAGUAGGUUACACACAAUAUAAUACUUUUUACAUGGUUUAUGGAUAUGAUGUUUCAUUCCAAUCAAAAGAUUGUCAAUUUAUCAGUCACUUGGUCAAUCAAGUUUACCGAAAUGUGACCAACAAAAUUAUAAACUUAUUAGAAGUAUGUGUAGAGCAUAUGUUCGUAAUCAUCUUAUGAAGUAUAGAUAUACAUAUAAAUACGAUCCAUCAUAAUAAUUGUUACAGAUCUACAGAACUACAGAUUCCUUUUUCCAGAUUACAGUGACAAUAUUUACGAACAUGUGCUUCAAAAACAAAAACAAUAAGACAAGAAAACAUGGAAUCAAAACAAGAUAACGACUACAUUACCUGCCCCAAACGAAAAAAGGAAACAUUUUCAGAUUUAAAAAUACAUUCAGACAAGGGAGAUUAUUUUGCCCCUGCAACUGAAAUCUACGGAACAGUCGGUAAACCGAGACCUAUAUGUGAGAAUAAAAGCAACACAGUUAUUCGUGAUUUUCAUAAAAAGACUAAGAUAGAAAAAGUGCCGGAAAACACUAACGCCUACCAAAUCCAUAACAAAAUCUGCCAUAUACUGCUUAAACCAAUGGAUAUAUACUUUUAUGACACCAAAAACAAGUGUUACUAUAGCAGCUUUAACCCCAUUCUUGCGGCAAAUAGCUGCUAUACGUAUUCUGGUGCGGAUGUUAAUCGUUUACUGAUCUUUAUAGAAUACACAAAUAAAACUAUAGAACGCUUAUUCAGAGAAUUAAGUAAAAUUAAAAGUACUCCUGAUUUAAGUGCAGUUAUUUUAGUCAUCAAUCGCAAAAAAGUAAAAGAACUAUUCAAAAUUAACAAAGGAAAGAUGAAAAUAAAUCUUAAAAGUGGUUACUUUAAUUACAAGACUAGAGACACGUCCUUAUAUUUUAGUAAUGUAACAAACAAUCAUUUUGAUAUCAAAAUAAAAAAUCAUUGUGUUGGAUUAAAAAUAUCAAUUCGCAAAUUUACAGGAACUCUAUUGGAAACUCUAACGGCCGUGUGUAACAUGGCUCGUUGCUUCUUCCCUACUGUUGAAAUAAAAGUACCAUCCGUUGUUGGACGCAACUGGUAUUUUUGGGAUGUCAUUCAAGGAAUUUUACUGAAAAUACUCUUAAAAAAUGCUAACGUAAACAGUUUAAACAUUGCGAGCCAGUUAUAUUUUGUGUUGAUCACAGACGCUAUCCCAUAUUUGAGCAUAGAAAUUAACUUAAUAUUGAAAAAAGGAGUAUACAUAACAUAUGCAACAUACUCGUCAAAACAUUUUAUAUCAAAUGUGGCGGAAUGGAAUUACUUACACAAAUAUAUUUUAAGAAAAUCUAUAUCAUGCGGCAAUUGGCAUAUUAUGAACAAAUUAUAUGAAAAGCCACGUGAGUCAUUAAAAGCAAUAACAUAUCACACAAAAUCUACAGCAAGUGACUACCAAGUAGAUACUUCAUUGCAUUACAAAGAAUCAACUGAAAGUUUCGACAGAAAAACUUACAUUCGGUACAGCAAUACAGACAUAAUAUUAUACAGCCUAAGUCAUUCAGAUAUUGCAGAUUUUUUUUCUAUAAACCAAAGUGUUGGAACUUCAUUCACUUUUCCUACAAACGGAAUUAUAUUCAAUGAAUAUCGACCAACCGAAACGAAAAGUGCGAGUACAAUCUGCGACAUUGAAGUAAAUAUCUCUUUGUUGAGCUGCAGUAAAUUAUUUUUGAGAACAUUGUUCAACGACUUGAAAAUAAUGAAUUACUGUCUCAAUGUGCAUAGUCAGCAUGACUUCAUACAUAAAACUUUGUUUGAAGCUGUGCCUGCAGCAACAUACACAAAAUUUGUUCAUGAAUAUUGGAAGCAGUUUAAAAAUCAAAAACUAUAUACGAAUCUUCUUAAAUGUCUUACGCAAAACUUAAUAUAUACGUUUUUAAGUUCUAAAAUAUAAAUAAA